AUGGACUACGACAUAAAAAUAUGCAAAACAACCAGUGACCCGACUAAUUCCAAACAAAUUGGAUGGGGUGAGAAUGUUUGGAGGAUUUUUGGCUGCAUGAAGCCUGUUUUAUCUCUGAUUGGGAAGUCAUAUAUGUUUGAUAUUGACAAAAAACAAGGUACGGAUGGAUGGGAAAUACCUUUCGAAAUCAUAUCAGACAUUGAGUGGAUCGGAAGUGGAGCACAAGGAGCAGUAUUUUCAGGGAAAAUCAAUAAUAAAGUUGUGGCAAUUAAAAAAGUUAAAGAAUUACAUGAGACUAACAUAAAGCAUUUAAGUAAACUUGACCAUGACAACAUUGUCAAAUUUCUUGGAGUUUGCACACAAUCUCCAGUCUUUGGAAUUAUUAUGGAAUUUUGUGCAUAUGGCGCAUUAAAUCAGCUACUUAAGGAAGGAUCAAAAAUCAUCACUCCAUCAAGAGUUGUGUCUUGGUCUAAGCAAAUCGCUACUGGGAUGAGCUAUUUACAUUCACACAAGAUAAUACAUCGCGAUUUAAAAUCACCAAACAUUUUGAUUGGUGACAAUGAAACUAUAAAAAUUUCCGAUUUCGGAACAUGUAGAGAAUGGAACGGAUUAAUAAGUACGAAAAUGAGUUUCUGUGGAACAGUCGCAUGGAUGGCACCAGAAGUAAUAAGAAAUGAACCGUGUUCAGAACGUAUCGAUGUAUGGUCAUAUGGAGUCGUUUUAUGGGAGUUAUUGACAUGUCAGUCACCAUAUAGGAAUUUUGAUUCUUCUGCAAUAAUAUGGGGAGUAGGAAAUUACUCAUUGAACCUACCGAUUCCAACCAAUUCUCCCGAAGGCUAUGCACUAUUAAUGAAACAGUGCUGGAGUGUAAAGCCUAAAAAUCGCCCAUCAUUUAAAAUUAUUUUAUCUCAUCUUGAAAUAGCUGGAGCAGAGAUACUUAGUAAAUAUAAUGACAAUUAUGAAACGCUACAAAAAACCUGGCAAAAAGAAAUUAAUGAUAAGCUAAUAACCCAAGUUAAUAAUAGUACAAGAGUUUAUGAAUACGAAAGAGAUUUAAUUCGCAAACGUCAAGAAGAAUGGAAGCAUGCUAAGGAUAUUCGUUUGAUUUACGAACGAAAAUUGGAGAGAACAAACAAUUUGUACUUAGAACUAACAUCUUGUUUCGCGCAGCUCGAGGAAAGAGAGCGGGAAAUAGCAGAUCGCGAAAAGCAUUAUGGCUCAAAUAAGUUCUAUAAGAAUCAAAUAUGUUCAUUCAAAAAGCAACAGCUUGAUAAAUUUAGUCGUAGAAAAAUUACACUCUAUCCUUCAAUUUCAAGUGAACUCAAUUCUCCAUCUCCAUCAUCCCCAACAAGUCCUCCGAUUGAGAAAUCGUCUGUAUAUGUACAUUUUAAUGGAAAUUCAACGAAAACUGUUUUAAGUCAAAAUCAAACAAGUUCAGCUAAGCAUCCACUAAAGAAAAGACACAGGAGAACAGGAAGUGGAUCUUCCUUUACAAGAAACUCAUCAUCCGAAAGAUGUAAAAGAUUAAUUAGUGCUGAGACACAAACAGAUCAUGAUAUUACUGAUAUUUCAAAAUCAGACAGUAUAAGCGAUAAUCUAACAAGUGAAAAAAUGCAUUCCGAGCCGAGUCAAAGUAUUCAGUCUAGUGAUAGUAGUUCAGGAGAAACAGAUAUUGACGAUCAUGCACCACGUGAAGACACAACCUCCUCAUCCCAGACAAAUCAUCUUAAUAUGAUUAAUUCCAUGGCAACCUCAGUAAUGACAUGCAGCAAUUUCAGCUUCGAUGAUCCCAUUAAGGAAUGUAGUGAUGACGAUCUUGAGACUUUAAGGCAAAAAGUCUCUAAUCUUAUCACAGACACAUCAUCGACUUCAUCUACUUCCACUAUUAUAAAUAAGCAGCAUACAAUUAAAGCUAAUGACGCAGCCAGAAAACUUGAUUUUGAUGAAAAUAUGAACGAUAGCAUGAAUAUUACAACAAUGACUGUACAAAAUGAAAAUUCAAGUCCAGAUAUAAAUAGAAUUAUAGAAACUUCCUUAGCAAAUGACAUUAAUAACGCAAGUUUAUUGCGAAGAAAAAGUAUUACUCGCUUGCCUGUUCGUUCCCGACGACUUCAUAAGAAUGCAAGUAUUGAUAACGAACUGAGUCCAAAACACGUCAUUGAGAAGAGAGACAUGUAUUAUGCGGACCUGUCGAGCAACGAUGAUACAGAUGUCUUGAAUGACGAUAAAAGAAAUAAUAAUGAACUUUUGAAGUAG